CCGGGAUUAUAAGGUCACCACAAAUGGUAUCAUUGCCAUGAGCAAGCCUCCUGCCAAAGAAUCUCAUCCCGGGCUCUUCCCGCCCACCUUCGGUGCAGUGGCACCUUUCCUGGCAGACUUGGACACGACUGAUGGCCUUGGGAAAGUGUAUUAUCGAGAAGACCCGUCUCCCUCAGCCACUCAGCUGGCAGCACAGUAUGUCCAGAGGGGCUUCCCAGAAGUCUCUUUCCAGCCCAUCAGUGUGGUGGUGGUCACCUGGGACUCGGUGGCCCCCUACCAAGCACCCAGCGGGAACCCUGCCCAGAGAGGCCAGAGAAACACGUUUCAGGCUGUUCUGGCCUCCUCAGAUGCCAGCACCUACGCCAUUUUCCUAUACCCCAAAGGUGGCCUGCAGUUCUAUACGACGUUCUCCAAGAAGGAUGAGAGCCAAGUACCCGCUACAGUUGCUUUUAGCCAAGGUUUAGUGGGAUUCUUUUUGAAGAGUGACGGUGCAUACAAUAUAUUUGCUAAUGACAGCAAGUCACUGGAAAACUUGACCAGGAGCAGCAACUCUGGGCACCAGGGCGUUUGGGUAUUUGAGAUUGGGAGUCCGGCCACUGCUGAAGGUGUGGUUCAGGCGGAGGUGAAUCUUGGACCUGACAAUGGAGCAGACUAUGAAGGGGAAGUCGAAGAUUAUGACCAGAUGACCACUCACUUUGGCCUGGAGGAUGCAGCAACCUCAUCUUUGCCCUUCAAGAUUACAAAAAGGGAAGACAUUGAGGCAUAUGAUGUGCCCCGUGCUCUCUCUCCACGCCACGAGGCUACCGAGGGGUCCAGAUCUUUCCAAUUGCCAGUGGAGAAGUUUCCCCAGCAACAAACCCAGGUUAUAGAUGUGGAUGAAGUGGAGGAAACAGGAGUGGUGUUUAGCUACACCACGGAUUCCCAGCAGACGUGCGCCAACAAUAGACACCAGUGCUCAGUGCACGCAGAGUGCAGAGACUACAACACGGGCUUCUGCUGCAGCUGUGUGGCUGGCUACACGGGCAACGGCAGGCAGUGCGUCGCAGAAGGCUCCCCACAGCGUGUCAAUGGCAAGGUGAAGGGCAGGAUUUUUGUGGGCAGCAGCCAGGCCCCCAUAGUCUUUGAGAACACCGAUCUCCACUCCUAUGUGGUGAUGAACCAUGGGCGCUCCUACACGGCCAUCAGCACCAUCCCCGAGACCGUCGGCUACUCCCUGCUUCCUCUGGCACCCAUUGGGGGCAUCAUUGGCUGGAUGUUUGCUGUGGAGCAGAAUGGAUUCAAGAAUGGCUUCAGCAUUACUGGGGGCGAGUUUACCCGCCAGGCUGAGGUGACCUUCGUGGGGCACCCGGGCAAGCUGGUCAUCAGGCAGCAGUUCAGUGGCGUUGAUGAGCACGGGCACCUGACGAUCGACACGGAGCUGGAGGGCCACGUGCCGCAGAUCCCAGCUGGUUCCUCUGUGAACAUUGAGCCCUAUACGGAGCUCUACCACUACUCCAGUUCUGUGAUCACUUCCUCCUCCACCCGGGAGUACACGGUGACUGAUCCUGAGGGGGCCGGUGCCUCACCGUCACGCACCUACACUUACCAGUGGCGCCAGACCAUCACCUUCCAGGAGUGUGUGCACGACACGGCGCGGCCGGCCCUGCCCAGCACGCAGCAGCUCUCAGUGGACAGCGUGUUUGUCCUGUACAACCAGGAGGAGAGGAUCCUGCGCUAUGCCCUCAGCAACUCCAUUGGGCCCGUGAGGGAGGGCUCCCCUGAUGCCCUUCAGAAUCCUUGCUACAUUGGCACUCACGGGUGUGACACCAACGCAGCCUGUCGCCCUGGCCAGGGGAAGACAUUUACCUGCGAGUGCUCCAUCGGCUUCCGAGGAGACGGGCGGACCUGCUAUGACAUCGACGAAUGCUCGGAGCAGCCCUCCGUGUGCGGCAGCCACGCGAUCUGCAACAACCAGCCAGGCACCUUCCGCUGCGAGUGCUCUGAGGGUUACCGCUUCAACGACGAAGGCAAGUGUGUGGCUGUUGUGGACCAGCGCCCCAUCGACUACUGUGCCACUGGCCUCCAUGACUGUGAUAUACCCCAGCGGGCCACCUGCAUCUACACAGGCGGCUCCUCCUACACAUGCUCCUGUCUGCCGGGCUUUUUUGGAAACGGCCGAGCCUGCCAAGAUGUGGACGAAUGCCAGCCCAGUCGCUGUCACCCUGACGCCUUUUGCUAUAACAGUCCAGGCUCCUUCACGUGCCAGUGCAAACCUGGCUACCAAGGGGACGGAUUCCGAUGCGUGCCUGGAGAGGUGGAAAAGACCCGGUGCCAACAGGAGCGAGAACACAUCCUUGGCGCAGUGGGGGCGGCAGACACACAGCGGUCCAGGCCACCGGGGCUCUUUGUCCCUGAGUGUGAUGAACACGGGCAUUAUGCGCCCACCCAGUGCCACGACAGCACGGGCUACUGCUGGUGUGUGGACCGGGAUGGCCGGGAGCUGGAGGGUACCAGGACCAGGGCCGGGCUGCAGCCCCCGUGUCUGAGUACAGUGGCCCCCGUGGUUCACCAGCGACCUGCAUUGCCUACCUCUGUGAUCCCCCUACCUCCUGGGACACACUUACUCUUUGCCCAGGCUGGGAAGAUCGAGCGCCUUCCCCUGGAGGGAAAUACCAUGAAGAAGGCAGAAGCCAAGGCAUUUCUUCAUGUCCCAGAGAAGAUCAUCAUCGGACUGGCUUAUGACUGUGUGGACAAGAUGGUCUACUGGACGGACAUCAGCGAGCCUUGCAUCGGGAAAGCUAGCCUGCAUGGUGGAGAGCCAGCCACCGUUGUCCAGCAAGGUCUGGGAAGCCCAGAAGGCAUUGCCAUUGACCAUCAUGGCCGCAACAUGUUCUGGACAGAUUCUUACUUGGAUCGAAUAGAAGUUGCCAAGCUGGAUGGCACACAGCGCCGGGUGCUGUUUGAUACCGAUUUGGUGAAUCCCAGAAGCAUCAUAACGGAUCCCGUGAGAGGGAACCUUUACUGGACAGACUGGAACAGAGAAAACCCCAAAAUUGAAACUUCCUACAUGGAUGGCACAAACCGCAGGAUUCUUGCACAGGAUGAGCUAAUUCUGCCCAACGGCCUGACUUUUGACCCGUUCUCAUCACAGCUCUGCUGGGUGGAUGCAGGCACCCAUCAGGCUGAAUGCCUGAACCCGAAUCAGCCUAGCAGGCGCAAGGUUCUCCCAGGACUUCAGUACCCUUUCGCAGUGACGAGCUUUGGGAAGAAUCUGUAUUAUACAGACUGGAUGAGAAAUUCCGUGGUUGCCAUCGAUCUUACGAUUUCCAGUGUGACAGACACGUUCCAUCCCCACAAGCAGAGCCGGCCGUAUGGCAUCACCACCAUCCUGUCACAGUGUCCCCAAGGUCACAACUACUGCUCAGUGAACAAUGGCGGCUGCACUCACCUCUGCCUGGCCACCCCAGGGAGCAGGACCUGCCGCUGCCCUGACAACACCCCAGGGGUAAACUGUGUUGAGCGGAACUGAAGACGAGAGUACUUCCUUCCUCCUCCAAGUAUCUCACAGCAAUGCCCUACUUGAAGCUACUCGGUCCAGAUGGAUACCUGUCUUCCAGCUGAGGGACCACUCGGCCCAGGCCUAGCCAAGCCUGAGCCAAACAAUUUUCCUCGCACUUUCCCAAAAUAUAUGCCCAGGACUUCUGUAAAGAGAAGGUCUCUGCCCUGAUAUAGGGGUCGAAUCUUCCAUUUUGACCCUAUUCUUCAGACAAGCUGAAGGAGCCCCAGGUGAAAACAGUGUGCCCCAUCCCGUGUCCUAGGACCUUUUCCCCAACCCUAGUCCCGAGGGGUGGGCAGACCCUUCACAGACCUGGGUGGCCCCUUCCUGGUGGCCUUAAGAGCUCAGCCUGUACUCUGCGGCACUCACUAUCCUGCCAGCCCCUCAAUAUGCCAUCUGGGGCCCUCCCAGGAAAGAAUGUGAUAAAGGAGGGAGUCAGCCCUGCCACUCCUGUUCUUUUGGUGCUCUCAGUUCCCUCCUCCCCGCAUCUUUCUACUACCCAGUUCCUUACCGCCUUCAUCCUGCCCAAAACAUUGAUUUCAUUGAGCAUGAUGUCUUUUGACCAAAACCCACUCUGUUCUAGGGCUAUAUGGAAUCUGGUGGAUUAUGAGCAGCCCUAACCCAAGUAAAAUAUUAGCUUUUCAGCCCUGGCCCUUGGUAGUCAAAAGCUUACGUCAAAGAAGCAUCCUGUGGGAGAGAUUUUAAGAUGUAGAUUUUAAGAUCCUGUUUGAGAAUGAGGGUUAUCUUGAUGUGCCUUAAAUGAUACCAGAGAUUACCACAUUAUCCCUCUUUGUCAGAAGCACCUGCAUCUCAGUAUUUGGCUUCUGGUUUAAUGAACCAUGCAGGUCUCCAGCCCCGUGCUCAUUCUCAUGAAGACCCAGGUGUGGCACACGCGGGUACAUAUCACAGCUGUCACCCUCACCUCUGGCACCACCUCCGGGUACUGGUUUGCUCUCAGUCAUGAGCUAGCAUCUUUAUUUCUCCCUCCAUCGGUGGGCCCUGCUGGCUCUGUUCUCAGCUGAAGAUAUAGUCAAAGAAGGUCUAUUUGAGUAUUUAUACUAACCGCUCAGAUCCUUAAUUGUACAUUACCCUAAUACAAGGGACUGUUGCUAUGUUUCAUAUUUAUAUUUGAACAAUUUGUUUAGAAAACAUUUCCUGGCCAUAUAAAUAGCUAGUGUUAUCUCUUUUCCAAAUGCUUCCCAGAGUUCUGAGACAACACGAAUUUUGGAUUAAAAGUUAAGCAUAAGGAGUUUGAACCAGGACAGCAUGGGUCAAGGGGUAGAGAGGUCUGGAUGGAAAACAUCAGGAAGAGAUUGAUCAAGGGCAGGAAUGGAAACCCUAACAGAAAGGGGUGGAGGAGGGGUAUAAGAACAGCGAUAACAAAAUCCCUUAAAUAAUGCCAAAGAGAAACUGGUACAUUUUUGCCAAAGAUGACUUAUCUUAAGGACAAGGAAAAAUUUCUCUCUGCUUAGGCAAGAGAUAUCCGCACCCGUUUACUUCAGCUGUAUCUCUUGGUCCCUGCCCCUUCCCUCCUGACUUUGCCUUACCUGUCUCUGGGACCUGGAAACCCAAAUUGAGAGUCUUUCCUUAAAUAAUUGGAGUUUUUUGAGAGGCAACUCUAUCCCCAAGAAUCACAAGCUUGGGGAAAUGUGUGGGUCUUACAUGAAGCCCAGCCCCCAUACAUUAGUUUUUUUUUUUUUGUAUUUAUCAUCCCAUAUCACGCCCUGCAUAUCAAGUUCAUCAUGAUGGAUAGGGUUUUUUUUUUUUUCUAACUAUUUUCUUCAUUUCACUAGAUUCAUUCUAAAAUCUUAAAUGUUAAGUUUUAAACUGUGGAAACCACUGAAGGUGCUUAUUAACUGUUCCCCAAAAUGUACACAAGUAUUGGACAAUUCCUUGAGUUUACAGC